GUAAAACUAAAGAUGCAUCGGAUAUUUUAUUCUUCAUUUCUCUGCUCUCUGGUUUGAACAUUCAAUCUGUGUCAUUCCGUUACCGUAAUUCGGAUUCCAAACAGAGCAAUGCGUUGGUGGGAUGACGAUAUGGUUUGUAGAUUGUACAACCGUCGAAGCAAUUCGUUGAGUUGAGUUUAGAAGUUGGCAAUUCACAGAUAUGAAAAUUGAAGCCGGAAAAUUGAGGUUUGAAUUUUGAAACUAUCAUCUUCUCCACCACCUCUAUAAUUAGCAAUCACAGACUGGAUUUUUUGAAUCUUGUUGAAGAAGAUGGUGUUCUGUUGGUUUUCUUGUCUGUAUCUGUUCCCAAAUAUAGUAAAACAAUUGCAAUCAAACCCACUCUCCACUCCCCUUUUCAUCCCUUGCCUUGUUCUCAUUCCUCCGCACCGCAAUCCAUCAGCUCUGUUCGGCGUCAUCGACGGCGGCGGUGGAGUUUCCGUCAAUGGCAGCUCCCAUGUCUGAAGAAGAAGCUAACGAUUCCUUUACCGCCUCCAACACGGUGAUCGCCAUUAACAGAGACAAGAAUAGCCAAUUCGCGGUUAAAUGGGCGGUGGAAAACCUUUUCAACAGGAAGAACGCCGGCGAAUGCAUCCUCAUCCACGUACGGAGCCAGAGCUUGCAUCCCCAGGAUGCUGAAACGGUUCCUAAGGAGUUUCGUCCACCGACUGAAGCUGAGUUGCACCAGUUCUUCCUUCCCUACCGAGGAUUCUGCGCGCGAAAAGGGAUAGUUGCAAAGGAGCUUAUCAUCCAUGACAUUGAUGUUCCAAGUGCACUUAUUGACUAUAUCAGUAACCACUCCAUUAGCAAUAUUGUUGUGGGUGCUUCCAGCCGGAAUGCUAUUAUGAGGAAGUUCAAACAUCCAGAUGUCCCGACAUGCUUACUCAAAUCGACUCCAGAAACAUGUUCUGUAUAUGUCAUAGCUAAAGGAAAAGUUCAUACUAAGAGAUUGAGAAAACGCCGUAAGGGACAAUCUGGGCCAGAUACACCAACUGGAACUCCACAUAUUCAAAGGUCUCUAUCGAAAAUACAGCAAGGCUUCUCUGCAGAUAACAUCAGGCAUCAUUCUGCCAUCAGUAGUGAUUCACUAUCAGGCAACAGUGACUUUUCGGGGCCUUUCAGUUUCAAAUCAACUGAAACAUCCUCUGAUAACUUAAAUUUUUCCUUAACCUCAUCAGAGACUGGUUCGAGGAGCUUCGUUUCCUCUUAUACCACAUCUUCCAUAGAAUCUGAGAUGAGAAAGCUGAAGUUUGAUCUAAAAAAGACGAUGGAAACGUAUGACUCAGCUUGCAAGGAAGCUGUAGUAGCAAACCAAAAGGCAAGUGAACUCCAACAAUUGAAGAUGGAAGAAGAGAAAAAGUUUGAGCGAGGUAGAUCUGCAGAAGAGGCUCUAACAAUAUUAGCAGAGGUUGAGAAGCAGAAGAGCAAGGCUGCAACAGAAGCAGCUCUAAUGGCACAAAAGCUGGCAGAAUUGGAGACCAAGAAAAAACAAAAAAUUGCUGAAAUGAAGGCUAAGAGUAAGGAAGAGGAGAAGAAGAAAACAAUUGAGUUAUUUGAACGCAGUAAUAUCUGCUAUAGACGAUACAGCAUUCAAGAGAUUGAAACUGCAACAGAUCAUUUUAACGAGUCAAAAAAGAUUGGUGAAGGUGGAUACGGACCUGUUUACCAAGCCUUACUCGAUCAUACUUCUGUUGCCAUUAAGAUCUUGAGACCAGAUCUAUCUCACGGGCAGAGACAAUUCCAGCAAGAGAUUGAGGUUUUAAGCCGCAUGAGGCAUCCGCACAUGGUUCUUCUGCUAGGUGCCUGCCCAGAAAGUGGUUGCCUUGUUUAUGAAUAUAUGGAAAACGGGAGCUUAGAAGACCGUCUUUUCCGAAAAGAUAACACUCCUUCAAUCCCUUGGGGAACCCGUUUCAAGAUAGCUUGUGACAUUGCCACUGCCCUCCUCUUCCUACAUCAAAUGAAGCCAGAACCCGUGGUGCAUCGUGACCUCAAGCCAGCCAACAUCCUUUUAGAUCACAACUAUGUGAGCAAAAUAGGCGAUGUGGGUUUGGCCAGGCUAGUUCCACCGUCGGUUUCCGAUAGCGUCACUCAAUACCACAUGACAGCUGCAGCUGGAACCUUCUGUUACAUUGACCCAGAAUACCAGCAAACAGGAAUGUUGGGUGUGAAAUCAGAUAUUUACUCAUUUGGUGUUCUGCUGCUCCAGCUUAUCACUGCAAAGUCACCAAUGGGUCUUUCAUAUCAGGUUGAGGAGGCCAUUGAACAUGGCACAUUUCCGGAAAUACUUGAUCCUACAGUUACAGAUUGGCCCAUUGAAGACACUCUUGGACUUGCUAAAUUAGCCCUCCAGUGUUGUGAGCUAAGAAAAAGAGACAGGCCCGACCUCGGUACAGUUCUAUUGCCAGAAUUGAUCAGGCUAAGAGAUCUUGGAUUGAGCAAAGCACCGAAUGGCAAGCCCCCAAUUGUCGGGGAAGCUCGUGAUCAGCGGGCUUAUAACUCGGUUCCAAAUUUCAAGGGAUCAUCAGAAGAUGAGAUCAAUGUGAGAAAAAGAUGGCAACGAUUGAAAUUCAGUACGAGAUUAUGGAGCCGAAAGGGUAUUUCUUUGAAUGCCAUUUCUCCGCAGAUAAAGAAAAAAUGGAUCUCGAAGAACAGUGAUGCAAAAUCCUUGACCAUACCACUGAGUGGAAAAGGAGUUGAUGAAAUGGGCGAGAAGCACCAAAACUCUGAGCGUUAUUGUUGGUCGUUUGCAAGCUGUGCUUCUGCUGCUGCUUCGGGGUUUAAAAAACUACACUCAUUUUCAUAAGAGAACAUUUAUUAUGUCUACUUUUUCUUUUUUGUUUCGUUUUUUUUUUUCCUGUUUCUGUCCGAUAUAAGAACACUGAAUCAUUUAUGCAUUUCCUGCAAAAAGUGGUUUGUUUCCACAGCUUUUCCUUCCCAACCCACUUGUAUUAAAUUUCACCACUCUUGCGUUAUCUUCAUAUCAAUUACAAAUCCAGGAACAUUUUGUGAUUCAAAGUUCAAA